AUGAACAAAAUCUUUCAACAUAAACAUCAAAAACUCAUUCUUCAGUGUUACCCCGCUGGUAAGGCGACCGACAAGAAACCCAACUCAUCUGAGUUGAGCUAUUUGUUGUACUACGCAUCAACACGUAGAGUCAAGUUGGAAAAGGUGAUUCAUUUCCUCAGAGAGAAAACUCAACAUGAUGCUGCACGAAAUCGUACAGGAAAUUUACAAGUCACAUUGGCAAUCAUUAAGGAAUUGAUUGUCAAGUGUAGUGAGAAUUUGAAUGUGUUUGCUCCUCAAGCUUGUAUAAUUCUCAAAAUCUGUCUCGAUACAAAGGAUAUAGCUGUGUGCAAGAGUGUGGUUAAAACAUAUGCCGAAUUGUGUGAGAAAAUGGAUGGAGCGCUUUUUGGUGGUGACAAGGAGUUUGUACAAGAUUUUACUGACCUUACUCAACAAUUGAUCUCCUUUGGGAAGGAAAAGAAUAUUUCUCAAAACCAAUACGAUUGGCAAAUGGUUUCAUUAAAGGCUAUUUAUGCAAUCUCCAAUUGUUUAGGCUUCACAAGCAGCAGCUCAAAGAAAUUCAUUGCUGUUUCGAUCCCAUUUUUGAUUCAAGUUAUAAUGCAUAAUAACAAUAUCAGCAGUCUUAUGCAACGGUUGAAAUCAAGCCUCAACGUUGAAUCUGAUGGAAAGAGAUUGUCGCGUGUGCAACUGCAGAAAUCUCAAACUCAAGUCAAUAACCAAAUUGAAGUUGAUUUCGAUAACGAUUCGUUAACUUUGACCGAUGUCAAUGAGGAAGCAAUGAAUGCAUUGAGAGCAUUUUUCAACAACAACGCAGCUUCUCAAAUAUCAGAAGUCACGAGGGCCGUAGUUCAACACGUAUUCACAACAAAUAUCAAUUUGGAUUGGGGAAUUGUUCUAUUGGAGUUGUGUGUGACAUGGAUUCCGAUUCAGCUAAGGUUUGUUAGUUGCUCCACAUUGUUGGCUACUUUAAACCGCAUCAAUAUUGAAGGUGCCUCAAAGUCAAACUAUCCACUUCACUUGCUGUAUGCUAAGCAUUUGUUGGGUUUAUUGUCAACGGGGAUCAACAUGAUUGGUUUGUCCAUUUCCGAUAUCAUUCAGCAGUUAUUGAAUUUGCAAACGGACUUGAUAUUGAAGCCAAGCGACUUAAGUAAGCCUGAAAUUGACGUUUUGACCAAUAUUUAUUCAGAGUGUAUUUGCAAUGUGACUACUCACAUCUACUACUAUGAUCAAGUGCCGGAUUCAAUUCAAGAGAUUUUGGUCAAGGUUGAUUUUGUUUUGGACAGCUCAUUUGUUGACAGCAGUGAACAAACAUCCUCCAGUGAGAGAAUACAUGAUCUCAUUGUUCAGUUUUUGGACAAUAUUUCCAAGAUAUUCCUUAUUUUGAAAAACAAAACCAGUACUAUUAGUAGAAACCAUGUUAAUCUUGAACAUUGGGAUAUCAGUCUUGGGUUAUUGGCGCCUGAUUCAGAAUUUGAUGAUGACAGAAAUACAAUAUUGUCUUUACAACAAAUUCGAAGCAUACAAGCUAAAUAUUUAAAAGUUUUUGACGAGUUUUUGAAUAUCGAAUUAGCAGCAGCUUCACGUUCAGCAUACGAAGUGAUUAAGAAACAACAGUAUAAGCUUGACCCUGGAAGUGGAGCUACUCAUUUAUCAGACGGGUCAGACAGCACUAACGACAAUAAACUAAAUGGCAAGAACUUGAUGGAACCAGAUGUCAAUCAAUAUAUCACCCAGCAACAGAAUUUCAUAUCGCAUUUUUUGAUGUACGCCGAUAGGUUUUUCGAUGGACAAGAAGCACCUAGCACUGAAUUGGUCCUUUUGUUGGUGAAAGUCUUGAAAGACAUGAUUGAAAUUCUCGGUUUGAAUUUUGUUAGUAACUUUAUCCCAUUUUUCCACCAUGGUGUAUUGAGGUUGGACAAGACAACAGAUUUCACUCAGAGACAAAUGUACAAGGACACGAUUGCUCAUAUUUUGUUGUAUUAUAUCUUGAAAACCCUUGAUGAUCAAUAUGAAGAUGAGUUAGAAGGUUAUUGCAAGUCUUCUAGAUUGUACAAAAUGGUUUUGGAUAGCGUUGAAUAUAGAAGACAACAUGGUUUGUGGAUCCAUGGAAUUGAUUCGUCACCUUCCGAUUUGGAGCUUACAAAGGGAAAGAGAAUGCUACCAAAAGAUGCCAAUGGUAAUGACAUUAGACUUCGGAUAAAGAGUGAAAACAUUGAAGAAUUUGCUUGUGGUAACAAUUUUUUGAUUGUUUGGUUGCAUCCUCAAAAACCAUUAUUGACCGAAAUUGAGAAACCUCAAGUGUCGACGCAUAUGAGUCAAUUUAACAACGACUCAAGAAACACUAACAAUACUGCGUAUAUGGAUUAUGAUGAACAUUCGGCCGCUGCAGCGGCAGCAGCAGCUACAGCCGCAGCACAUGCCGAUCAUUUUGCACCACAAUUGAACAACCACACUGGAUUUUCAUCAGAUGCAGCUACAACGGACUCUGAAAAGGGAUUGUAUACUGGGUUAGGUUUAGGUACAGCACAAGACAUUCGACAAAUUCGUGCCGAAAUUCUACAAUUUAGUCAACAUUUCCAAGAGAGAGGAAUCCCAUAUGCUGCAAAUUAUACCUUGACUAAUAAUGGCAACACCACGUCUACUAUUAGUCGGUUGAAUGGUGAUUUAGACUCAUUUGAUCAGACUAAUGGAUCAAUUUACACAUUUAAUUCGCAUAUAAACUGCCCUAGAGUUGCUGAUUUGAAGGAAACAUUGAGCAUAAACAAUUUGAAAGGUGUACCAGCUGGUAAUGGUCAUGCUGGUAUGGCUGCUCGCAAUAUGGAUCAAACAGUAUCCAAUAAUUCAAUCUUGAGUAAGAAUUUAUUGUCCACCGAUGUGGAUUCGAUUUUGGCUGGGCUAGAUAGUGAUGAUGAGGCUGCAUUUGUUGUGUGA